CAGACUGAACAAAUCAUGGUAAUUGUUUUGGGAAGACUGUGAAAGUUAGACCCAAGAUGAAGGCAGAGAAGGGAGCUUUCUCUUGGGCAUCAGCCACUUCUGCAGCCCCUCUCCUCUUCAGUCUUGCUGUUCUCAUUCACUCAGCAUGCGUUCAGGGGGUGAAUAUCACCAGUCUGGAGACUCUGAUCAGAGGGACUGUAGGUGGAGAAGCUUUGCUCUCCGUCCGCUACUCAAGCACCAGUCAGGAUUCUCCUGUGAUCAAAUGGCAGCUGAAGAGGGACAAACCUGUCACAGUGGUCCAGUCCAUCGGCACAGAGAUCAUCGGUAACCUGCGUCCAGAAUACAGAGACCGAAUCCUGGUGUUUGAGAACGGGACACUGCUGCUCCACAACCUCAGGCUGUCUGAUGAGGGCACUUACGAAGUCGAGAUCUCCAUCACAGAUGACACCUUCACUGGAGAGCGUAACAUCAAUCUGACUGUAGAUGAGCCCAUCUCUAAGCCACAUGUCUACAUGUUGGCCUCCACUGUUCUGGAACUGACGGAGAACUUCACGCUAAACUGCACUCAUGACACAGGCACAAAGGCCAUCUACAGCUGGGCAAAAGGUGGACAUCCAUUGCUAAACGAGACGCGUCUGCUGCUGUCCUCAGAUCAGAAGGUCCUAACCAUCACACGUGUACAGAUGUCGGAUGAUGACGUCUACAGCUGUAUGGUGGAGAACCCCAUUAGUAGCAUGAGAAGUCCAGCAAUCAGACUCACCGUUUACAAAAGGAGCUCCCUUUAUAUCAUACUGUCUACAGUGGGCAUCUUCCUCCUCAUCACCCUUGUAACUGUGUGUGCUUGCUGGAAACCAACAAAAAAAUCAAAAAGACAGAAGUCCAAAUCUAUACCAAGAACUAUUCCACAAAACCACCACAUCAGGUAUCAUGAUGUCAAGCCAGAGGAAGAUGCCAUCCCCAUAAUGACUGACCAUGAACGCAGGAAUCCUGUAUCGCUCUACAUUUUGAAAGAGAAGGAUUCUCCUCCUGGCGAACCAGCAUCAGCAUGUGAAACCUGCACCUCCAACAGCAGCAGUCCUCCAAGCUACAGCAGCUCAAUACCUCCUCCAUCUGACUCACUGGAGCCGCCAGCUCGCUCCUCUCGCCGAUAUCCUCGCACCUCCACCAAAUCCCCACCGCACCACCGCCGCAGGAGAGGACACAGCGAGAGCCCCCCGGCACCCUCCUCGCCCCAUAUCCGGGGGUCCAGUCAAGCCUCCCAAUCCCCUGUGUCCUUUAAUCCAGCCAGGAGGCCUCAGGAUCCAUCCACCCCUCCACAGGAUCCCAGAGGCUCCCCAAAAGCAUAGACUACUGUAUAUGAUGCAAAAAGACAGACGCUGUAUUGACCUGCACAGAUACUUUUACAUUAAUGUAUGUACAUUUGUAAAUACACAUGAGUCUAUGCUCCAAAAACAUCCACUAGUACAGGGGUCACCAAACUUGUUUCUGGAGGGCUGGUGUCCUGCAGAUUUUAGCUCCAACCCUAAUCAAACCCACCUGAACAAGCUAAUCAAGGUCUUACUAGGUAUACUUAAAACAUCCAGGCAGGUGUCUUGAAGCAAGUUGGAGCUAAAUCCUGCAGGGACACCGGCCCUCCAGGAGCAAGAUUGGUGACCCCUGCACCAGUAGAUGAAAGCAUAUAGUGAAUGUUCAGUCGAUUUAACACGCUAGGAAAUCUUCACUUUCAGAAAUAAAAUGUGAUUGUGUUGGCUUGAUAAAGCCUUUCAGCUACACCAAGCAAACUCAGCACAGUACUUCAAUUUUUUAUUACUAUGAAUUAUGAUUUUCUGUCAUAAUUCAUCUAAAGCCCAAUUUAUACCUCUGCCCUGAUUAAACACUGUAGUGCAUAGUCUAUCAACACUGUUGACACUGUUUAAGCUCUGUUGCUUUGUUCUGCAGUGAACGCUAGCUUGUGAUGGAAUUCUUUGUUGGUUUGGAGCUGAUUGAUACUGAAAUUACCAAAACUAAAAUGCCGAAAUGAGAUGGUUAAGAUGAUAGGAAUCACUGUCUAAACCACAUGAGGAAGAGGUGAAUUGGUCCAACUAAUUGUGAAGUGGCAAAUUUAUCCAGCAAAUGGCACAUAACUACAAAUAGGCUAUGUCAUUAAUACCAUAUACACUUGACAGAGAAAUGUGAAUUAAGCUUAAGGCAAACAAAUAAUAAAUGGUGUGAUGUCAUUUCAAAUUAAAUCAGGCCAAAGAUUACAUUCAUUCAUUCAUUUUCUUUUCGGCUUAGUCCCUUUAUUAAUCUGGGGUUGCCACAGCAGAAUGAACCGCCAACUUAUCCAGCACAUUUUUCACGCAGCGGAUGCCCUUCCAGCUGCAACCCAUCUCUGGGAAAAAUCCAUACACACUCAUACACUACGGACAAUUUAGCCAACACAAUUCACCUGUACUCCAUGUCUUUGGACUGUGGGGGAAACCGGAGCACCCAGAGGAAACCCACGGCGGAGGAAGAACAAGCAAACUCCACACAGAAACUCUAAUCGACCCAGCGGAGGCUCGAACCAGCGACCUUCUUGCAGUGAGGUGACAGCACUACCUACUGCGCCACUGCGUCGUCCCGCCAAUGAAUACACCAAGAUUUAAGCAGGUGCACGAACCCUUUUCUGGAAGGUCUGUUUAAGGUGGUAAACACCUUAUAUCUGCCACUUUUCAGAUUAUUUAUUUGGUGGUUGUGGCUCUGAAGCUCCAUCUGAUUUUACUUGGACAUCUUCCAGCGUUCAUUUCCUCUGUUCGGCUGAAAUCAGACGUGUGUGAGUAAAAAAUAUACAAACUCUAAAGAACUGCUUAUUUGUACAAACUAUAUUCAGUUGGUGUCAGAAAUUUACAUUGGCUACACCUUGACCAAUACAAAAUGGUGAUUAUUUUACCAUUUUAAGAGGGCUCAAAUAAAAUACAUUAUUUUUACUUAGUACUGACCUGAAUACAUAUAGCCCACAAAAGAAACAAAAAAAUAGUUGAAUUAAUAAAAAUACACAUAGUAGUUACCUGAAUGAUUCACAGUUGUGUCUUUUGCUUAGUGAUAGUUCAUGAGUCCCUUUGUUUGUCCUGACCUGUUAAACUGCAUGCUGUUCUUCAGAAAUCCCAGAUGUCCCACAGAUUCUUUGUUUUUCUGUAUUUGAACCCUUUCCAAAAAUGACUCUGAUUUUGAGUUCCGUCUUUUCGCACUGAGGACAACUGAUGCACUCAUGUGCAAUUAUUACAGAAAUGAUUAAACUGUCAACAUAGCGGGCCACUGUCCUGAAGGUUAACUUCUCCCUACUGAAAAAAACAGCUUAAACAAGCCUAGGCUGGUUGGCUGGUUUUAGCUGGUCGACCAGCCUGGUUUUAGAGGAGUUUUGGCCAUUUCCAGGCUGGUGGCCAGCCAUUUCCAGCCUGGUCUUAGCUGGUCAGGCUAGAAAAUGACUAGCUAAAACCAGCUUGACCAGCCUAGACAGGCUGGGAGCCCAGCCAAAACCAGCUAUGUCCAGCUUAAACCAGGCUGGUCAAGCUGGUCUUAGCUGGAUUUAGCUGGCCAGCCUGAAAAUGGCCAAAACCCCUAUAAAACCAGGCUGGUCAACCAGCUAAAACCAGCCUAGGCUGGUUUAAGCUGGAUUUUUCAGCAGGGUUAAGACUUCAGUUAUACACAUCGGAACCAGCUAUAAUCAGAGUUUUACUGGCUAUAUGAGAAGCUUCCAAGUGGGUGUGUUUAGCCAAGUUGUAAGGCAUGACCGGGACCCUGUACCAUGAUUAGCUGGUUAGGCUGUUAAGUUUCAAACUAGUUUGCACCAAUUCUGGGUUUUAGGUACCAUUAAGCUAGCUCAGUUAAUACCAUGGCAACAAAGAGUGAUUAAAAUCAAGCUGCCUCAUGUUAAAACCCAAGAUUGGUGCAAAUGAGACUGAAAAUUAACUAUAUGGUCAGCUAAUCCAGAUUCAUGCCUAGAUCUAGAAAAACAGUUGUCAUGUAUUCAAACUACACUCCCAAAACUGUUGUAUUGACCAGGCUUUGUCAAGCCAACAGUGAAUGGUUGUCUUAUUUUCUUUUUUUAUUACAUUUUUUAGGCUUGUUGUUAUUUUGGUGAAUGUAAAUGACAAGUAGAGAAU